AUUACUAGGUACCUAUUGUGUUUACCUUAUACGAUGAUAGAACAGUUAUGAUCAUAGUAUUCUUAACAAAGAUAAGAUAUUGUGUAGAUGUAAUACGCAGAUCCAUUAUCCUUUUUUUCGUAUUUAUACAAUUUUAAAUAUUAAUGUCAAAAGAAAAGCAAAAUAAUAAAUUAUAAGAUUCACUGGAAGCUUUGCGGAAAUUUCUUGUCGACCUGUAAAAAAAAUACUACAAAUGCCUAAAUGGUUUCUAAUUCAAAGGUUUCUGCAAGUGCGUCUUUCAACAUGUCUCUUUAUCACACUAUGUCUUAUUGCUGUAAUCCAAUUCUUUGCAUCAUAUGGUUACUACAACUAUGAUCAUUUGGCACAAGAAAGUUUGCGCCAUCAUCUUUAUGUACAAUAUAAUCCAAAACUUAUAACGAAGAAAUCAAAACCAGACUGUAGAUACAAUGAUGUUCUACAAAAUGAUAAAUCAAUACAUAGUUGGGAAAUACCAAGAACAUAUAAUGAUUUUUUACCAAAUGGUAUUAUAAAUGGAAGCUAUACUCCUGAAGAUUGCACUCCUCUUUUUAGUGUUGCUAUUCUAGUAACAUACAGAAACCGGCAAAGUCAAUUGGACAUAUUUAUCCCUUACAUGCACAGCUUUUUGAAAAAACAAAACAUACAUUACAAAAUAUAUGUAAUUGAACAACAAGAUGAAAGACUGUGGAACAAAGGCUUACUAUACAAUAUUGGAGCGAGGCAAGCUAUGAUGGACAAGUUUCCAUGUCUUAUUUUGCAUGAUGUUGAUCUCUUGCCUCUAGAUGAAAGUAACCUCUAUGUGUGUUUAAAACAACCUCGGCACAUGAGUGCGAGUAUAGAUAAAUUUAGAUUUGUACUAAUUUACAAAUCAUUGGUUGGUGGUGUCUUAGCUAUUACAUCAGACCAGUAUAAGGAGUUGAAUGGCUUCUCAAACAGGUUUCAAGGUUGGGGUGGGGAAGAUGAUGAUUUUGCUGGGCGAAUAUCAAAGCACAAUCUUGAAAUAUUGAGAUUUCCCCCACACAUGUCAAGAUAUACAAUGCUACUUCACAAACAAGAACAUAAAAAUGAUGACCGCCAUCGCAUUAUGGUGGAGAACGAACACAAUACUCAAAAAGAUGGAUUGAACUCUAUUCGCUAUAAAGUCAGCAACAUUAAGAAUCACAGACUAUUCACAAUGAUCAAAGUAAGGUUAUGAUUAAACUACUAGCUAUUAGAUAUAUGAGCCAUCAGUAAAGUCAUAGGUUGAUAGAUGUUUAAUAUAGAAUUCAUGUGUGCAUUCAGAGGAUUUUCAAAAUAUAUAUUUCAACUUGUUGUCUCCUCCUCUGUAAUAUGAUACUGACACUAUAUACCAUUGCUUACUAAGGGCUGUAAAUUUAAGAUCUGGUGUUCGAAUAGUAGGUUGAGCCUAUAAAAGUUAUUCGGUGUUAUCUGUCAAGAAAUUAUUAGGCACUUGUGCCUGGUUGUGCCCGUAAAAGCCUUGGUCCUGACCUGAUCUCACUCAACAAGCCUAACUGCCUUCCAGUCGGUUUAGGAGUCAGGGAAUAGUCUCCUGAGCAUAAUCGUGUUUUUGAUGUUUGUGUGAUUUGCAGCCAUGGCUGAAUUUCGGUCAGGACAUUAAGGACUGGAUAUUCGUGACAUGCCAUCGUUUGAGUUACUUUAAUUGUUGCCAUAGUCAUAGGUAACGUCCAGUCAAGCACGGUCAUUGAUGUAUAUCCACCUCUUAGUUACAUCAUACGUAGGUUUUUUAUAGGGUUUAUCAUAUUCAUCAUAUUCAUGUUUGAAUGUUAUAAUAAAUAAAAUUUUUGAGUAAUAUUCUAUUCUACUCUAAAAUUUUGUUGUUAAAUUUUUUGUAUAUAAAAGAUAAAAGACAUGGAAAGAUAGCAAAUGGCGUCUCUUAUAGCACUCAAAACUAAAUGUGUUUAGUAUUUAAAAUUAGAUAUAUCUCUGCAUAUAAUAGUUACAUGUCUAACACUCAACUCAAAUAUUAUUUACUCAAUAUUAAUAGUAUAUAAAUAAAGUAUGAAAAAUAUUAUAAACAUGUUAACUUAAUAAGUUCAAAGCUGCAAAUGUUGCCAGGUGAUUUAUAAAUUAACUAUUUUCUCUGUAGUGACAUUGCAAUUGGUAAAUGAUUUUCUUGUAAUACUCGAGUUAUACCUUGAGACGUUUCACACUAGAUUAAGUAAUGAUGUCACAAAUAUUACUUACUGCAACUGUACAAGUCUAAACGAUAACAUAAGAUCUAUCUCGUGUUUUGCACAUUUUUUAUAUUAAAGAGAAUGACCAAAAAUGUAUGGACUUUGGUCCAAAUGUCUAAAUCAAUUACUAAAUACCGAGUCAUUAUAACCAGACCGCAACAACAAAUAUGCAGUCAGUGAAAUGUAAAUAACUGAAUCAAAAGUCAUGUCUUUUUUUACCUUUCUAUGCAAAAAAUAUCGUUAGUAUAAUACGGUCCAUCGCACAUUUUGAACUAAACUACGCGUUUUAUGUCAUGCCGCUUGGUAUCCCUCGUUAGGUUUUCGCUGAAAAAGAUUAACUUUAUUAUAUAUUAAUUAAUUUGACCAAAAGGCCCGGAAGAAAGAAAACACAACGCGUGUUCCAGGUACCCAGACGCGUUUCAAGUAGUACCAGAUACCUGGGUACCUGGUACUCAGGUAAAAACCGCUUGCAUUAGUGCUCUAGCACAUUAUUUGCUAAGUGCGAAAGGGAUAAAAAAUAGUGUUAUCUUUAAUUUGCGCGGGGUUAUCGGUGAAUCAUCAUUACCGUCGCAUAAAGAGUAGCUACGCACAAUUAAAAUGGAUUUAAAUAAAUAGUGAAGCAAUAAAAGUUACUAUUAUUAUUUUUCAUAUAGUCAUAACAUUUACUGACAGCUUAUUUUUUUUUUGUCUCGUACUAAAAGUUACUCUUUGUUUAGUGGACUAUAAGUCUACGAAGGUCUCGUUAGUUGUGGAUAUUUGACGAGCCGGUUGGCGUGGUUAGUGGAUAUUAGGUCCUUACAUAUGAAAUUAGUGUUUUGUCGUAAUGACCACUUUGAUCUCAAUUAUCUCCUUUUUGGUUAAGAAUAAUAAAUUCAUUUAGCUGGUACAUUUGAGUUUUGGAAACAGUCAUUCAUUUGUUUUUUCCUCAUUAUUUUUUUCUUUGGCGACGCUUAUUACCGCACAAUGGAAAACAUGAAAUAUCGGUGCAGAAACAGCUCGAAGGAUUAAUGACGUGUACUGCGCUGGUGUCGCAAAAGAACGUACCGUGCUACGUUUUUGGUUUCAACGUUUUCGUUCUGGAAAUUUCGCCCUUCAGAACCAACCCCGUGGACGGCUGGAGACCAAAGUGGAAAAUGAAGAAUUAAAGGCUAUUGUGGAAGCGGAUCCAUCAUCCAUCCAUCACAAAGCACUUCAGAGAUAGUUGCAGGCUUCAGGGUAAGUAAUAAAACUGUAUUAAUCCACUAGAGUCCUAAUAGCAUCAUCUCCUGAAGAGCUGCAUUUAAUUAUGAGCCGUGUUAAUGAGUGCAGUGAAAACGCUGGUCUGAGGAUGAACCUAUCAAAAACGAAGAUCAUGGUGUUAUCUAAACAUAGCUUCGAUGACAUUGCUAUCAUUGUAGCAGGCCAAAAAAUUGAGAGGGUGCGCAAGUACAAAUAUCUGGGGACAUGGCUUAAUGACACCUGGAGCUGUGAACAGGAGGUAAAGACUCGCAUCGAAAUAGCUCGAAGUGCCUUCGCACGUUAAAAAAGGAAUUUUCAAUCGCAGACUUAAGAUCCCUGUGCGCAUACGACUCCUACAUUGUUACAUCUGGCCUAUACUUCUUUAAGGAUUCGAGGCGUGGACACUUAAAGAAGACCUCAAGAAACGUAUAGAAGCUUUCGAGAUGUGGGCAUAUAGACGUAUGUUGGCCAUUAGUUGGACUCAAAAGGUCUCGAACGUGGAAGUUUUGCGACGCGUCAACCAAAAACGGCAACUUUUGGAGACUGUCAAGAGAAAAGUUGCAUAUCUCGGACACGUGCUUAGGCAUGAAAGAUAUGAACUUUUGCAACUGAUUAUGAUGGGAAAAGUUGCCGGAAGGAGAGCUGUUGAGCGCAGAAAAAAGUCUUGGCUGUGCAACAUCCGUGAAUGGACGGGAAUCGCGAGUGCUGCUGAACUCUUUCGCCUCGCGAUGAACAAGAAGGAGUAUUUAAAACUGACUGCCAACCUUCGCUAGUCGGAGUGGCACUCGAAGAAGAAGAAUCCACUAGAAGCAAAUCGGGAAAGUAUAGAAAUUGAACGAUGCGUCGACUGCUGUGUUACUUUGCUUAACUGUGUCAGUUAAUGAAGGGAUUUUAAAUCGAAUCAUUAUUUGUGAUGAAAAGUGGAUACUGUACGAUAACCGGAAGCGCUCGUCGCAAUGGCUGAACCCUAGAAACCUAGCCAAAUCCUGCCCUAAACGAAAAUUGACUCAGAAAAAGUUACUUGUGAGUGUUUGGUGGCCUAGCGCCGGUGUCGUUCACUACAGCUUUCUAAAAUCUGGGCAAAUGAUUACGGCAGAUAUCUAUUGUCAGCAUCUGCAAACCAUGAAGGAAAAACUAGCUGCUAAACAACCGAGAUUGGUCAAUCUCUCUAGGCCACUGCUGCUUUACGACAACGCAAGACCACACACUGCACAACAAACAACCACUAAGUUAGACGAGCUACAGUUAGAAUGUCUGCGACAUCCACCGUACUCCCCGGACCUUGCUCCAUACAGAUUACCAUUUUUUCCGGAAUUUAGACAACUUCUUACAAGGAAAAAAAUUCAACUCCGAUGCGGCAGUCCAAAUUGCAUUCAAAGAGUUUAUUGAUUUCCACCCAUAACACAAUGCUUUUUUUAGUAAAGGGAUCAAUGAACUACCUAUGAGAUGGCAAAAGUGCAUAGAUAACAUCGGUGCAUACUUUGAUUAAUUAAAUAUAUUUUACAAAAAAAAGACUUUAUAUUCCUUCCGUACAAAACGCCAAUUUCAUAUGUAAGGACCUAAUACUUGCCUUUCAUGCCGAAGGUUGUGGGUUCGAUUCCCACCCAGGACAGAUAUUUGUGUGCAUAAACAUAUCUGUUUGUCCUGAGUCUGGGUGUAAUUAUCUAUAUAAGUAUGUAUUUACAAAAGAAAAAUAAUAUAUAUAGUAUAUCAGUUGUUUGGUUUCCAUAGUACAAGCUGUGUACAAGCUUAAUUUGGGAUCAGAUGGCCGUGUGUGAAAAAUGUCCCAGGAUAUUAUUAUUAUAUUUGGACCACUUUUGGUCAUUCUCCUUUAAAUAUCUUCUGCACCAAAAUAAGUUAUAUGUUAUUGCAAUAAUUCACUUAGUCAAUGUUGAACACUUAGGUCGUAAAAUCAGUCUUAUCGUUAUAAAUAUAUCAGUAACAAAUCUAAAUGGUCCCCGAGAUGGUCAUUUAAAACUUUAGAAGAGAGACGGGAAUACAAAAUAGCCGUUUCGUAACCGUCUCCAACCUUUUUCAAUUAAAAUAGUUUGAUAUUAAUAAACAAUGUUUAAAUUAAGCUUUUAUCUUAAUCUUUCUACAAAAAUAUUAUUGAGCAAACUAUUUAGCUUGAUAAUGAAGUUGAAUAAAAGCUUGUAUGUAAUCAGAUAAGUUUCCGACGCUCAAUUUUUAAGUUUAGUUUUAUUUUUAUUGCGGGUUUAUAAUAUAUUUAUUUCUAUAAAUAUCUCUCUGUAUUCAUUAUUAUGUUAAAUUGAUUGGUAUCAAAAAUUUAUAUGUAUAUUUACUGUAAUUAAGAACUUUAAAGCUAUAAGCUUAAGCUUAAAAGCUUUAAAGUAUAUGAGGCUGUCUGUUUUUUAUUUAUACAUCAAAUUCAAUAGUUCCUUUAAAUAUUUUUGUAUAUUUAAGAGCGUUUAUACUAGAUUAGCCCGUUACGCAGGUUUUCUCUAAAAGUCAUGAAUAUUUUCUACAUUGGAAAAUCCUACAUUAAAACCACUGAUAUUUGACGAAUUAAAUAAGUCAUGUUUAAAUGAGCCCUAAGUUAUUCCUGUAAAAACUACAAAGGCGAACAGACUUCUUACUCUAGCCAAUGAUAUUUUUUUAAUAUUCGUAUAUUUUAUUAUUUUAGAAAAUAAGUAACUUUAACUAAGCAGAAUCCAGAAUAUUAAACUUAAAGCAAUAUUUUUAAAUCUACAAAACUUCAUCUUUAACCGAAUAAAUACUCGUGCAAUAAUUAAGUUUGUCUUUAAAUUACGGAUAAAUCGUUUUGAUCAAAACUUAUUUUGUAUAUAAUUUAUUUUGUAUUUAUAUACAUUUUUUUCAUAGAUAUUUAAAGUUUAAAUUCUUCUGACGACAAUACAUUUUUACGGUACGCAUGACAAGAUUGUGCAGCUAGAUUUUUUUAUAAAGCUAUGAUAGCAGCCCGAACAGCUAUUUUUUUAAUCUGUGUAUCAUUAGAAAUUAACUACAAAUUUUGAAUAAAAUUACUCAUGACUAUUGCACUGCGUUUGUUAAUAGUAAUCAAAAACGGUUACCAUGAGGAAAAAUCGAUUUAAUUUUUUUCCUUAUUUUUUAUUUAUUUUAAAUAACUGCCUAUAUCCAAUAGGUAGUUUAUUAUUUCAGUAAUUUAUUAUGACUCGUAUGUUUGUAUUCGUUUGUUAUUUAUACCCACAAAACGUUACAGAAUAAUAAAAUGUAAUAGGAUCAAGACGUUUUAUUUCGUUUGGCUACUCUAGUCCUUAUGUAGUUGUGAUUAUACACACAUACGCACUCACAUCGCACACAAGUUUUUUUUUUUAUAGAAUAGGAAGUAAGUGGUCACCAACGCCGUCAAAAAGCCGAGAUGGCCCUGCGGUAAGAACGCGUGAAUCUUAACCGAUGAUCGUGGGUUCAAACCCGGGCAAGCACCACUGAAUUUUCAUGUGCUUAAUUUGUGAUUAUAAUUCAUCUCGUGCUUUACGGUGAAGGAAAACAUCGUGAGGAAACCUGCAUGUGUCUAAUUUCACUGAAAUUCUGCCACAUGUGAAUUCUACCAACCCGCAUUGGAGCAGCGUGGUGGAAUAAGCUCCAAACCUUCUCCUCAAAAAGAGGAGA